AUGGUUUUCGCAUUCGACCAAGACGAUGCGCAACUCUCGGGCCAGCCCCUCCAAAGCCCCGGGUUUGCCAGGGCCAGCGACGACAUGUUCGCUUUGGAGGAAAUGGACAUGAGUCCUCCCAGAGUGCCCCUCCAUGUCGGUACCCCGCCGAUCAACAUUGUUAGCCCCAUGCCCAAGCGCAGUGCACAGCCCGGCCCUGAGGGCAAGCUGCAGGGACCCGACAAGCUGGACUUUGACGCCGUCAUGAAAAAGGCCCAGAAGAACAAAAGGAAGAAGAAGAAGGGGCCUAAUGCAGGUCUGCAGGCUGCCAACAUUACCCGUGGUUUUCACACUCCCGCCACAUCCGGAGGGGAAGAGUCCGACUACUCCAUUACAAGCACGCCGCGCUUUGGGCCCGUUCGCUCAGGGCUCCCUAGUGUGACUAGCAGUCCUGCGCUGCGGCCCCAGUCUACCGCAGGUGGUAUCAGCAACCUCAAAGUCCAGCUAGAAGCCCUGAAUCUUGCCUCAAGGAGCGAUUCUCCCAUGAAGGACUUUCCUGGCAAAAGUGUCCCGAUGAGCCGCGUUGCAUCGCACCUGUCCAGCAACACGAGUGUGUCUGGCCGGGACAGCGACAGCGAUCGCACGGAAAUGGAGAGCUACGAGAUUGAUUUGAACGCCGAGGACUUCAGUGCCGAUACCCUGUCUAAGACGUCGACUAUGCUCAACAAUGGCGCGGCGCGUAAGAUGACGGCCGAGGACUUUGAGCCCUUGAUGUGCCUUGGAAAAGGUAGCUAUGGCACCGUUUUGCUCGUCAGGCAGCGUGCCACUGGACGCCUUUUUGCCCAGAAACAGUUUAAGAAGGCUUCCAUUACGGUGCAUAAGAAGCUCAUUGAGCAGACCAAGACGGAGCGCAAUGUUCUGGAGAGUGUGAACCGCUACCCGUUCAUCGUCAACUUCUACUACGCCUUCCAGGACCAAGAGAAGUUGUAUCUUAUUCUCGAAUAUGCUCAAGGCGGCGAGCUGUUCCAUCACCUCGCUGCUGAGCGCAUGUUUUCCGAGGACGUGGCAGCGUUUUACAUGGCUGAAAUGGUACUUGCGCUCGACCAUCUGCACCGUACCGUUGGCGUCAUCUACCGUGAUCUGAAGCCCGAAAAUUGUCUCUUGGAUGCUGAAGGUCACCUGCUUCUUACUGACUUUGGUCUCAGCAAAGUCACGCUCGACGAAGACAACCCGUGCCGCUCUUUUCUCGGCACCGUAGAGUACAUGGCGCCUGAGGUAGUGCAGGGCCUCGAGUACGGCGCAGCAGUAGAUUGGUGGUCUCUGGGCGCCCUUGGCUUCGACCUGUUGACCGGCUCGCCCCCUUUCACGGGCAACAACAACGCAAAGAUCCAGGAGAAGAUUGUAAAGCAGAAGCUCUCGCUCCCGUACUACCUCAGUCCCGACGCCAAGGAUCUUCUGACGCGCCUCAUGCGCAAAGACCCUAAGAAGCGCCUCGGCUUCAACAUGUCCAAGGAUCUCCAGACCAUCAAGAAGCACCGGUUUUUCCGCAAGAUCGACUGGAAGAAGCUCGAGGCGAGGGAGCUAGAUCCUCCGAUUCAGCCUCUCAUUACGGACCCAGAAUUGGCGGAGAACUUUGCCCAGGACUUUACCGAUUUGCCGCUCAGCCCCGUGCUGACCAAGAAGUUUGAUGAGUCGCUCUUUGAGAGUCAAAACAACAAUCCGUUUGGCGGGUUCAGCUUUGUGGCUAGUCAGAGCUUGCUUGACGGUGGAGAGUGGGGGUACUAG